AUGUAUAAAUCAUUCUACUCUCCGCUGAGUUCCCGUGACGGUCGUACCACCAGAAAUAUCGAGCUGUCCACUAGAGAAGCUCUUGCCUUGGCUGCGUUGUGUGGAUUUGCUGCUUUCAUUCUCCACAAUGCGGAUAUGAAGACUGUGAUUCACGUCUUCACUCUUGUGCCUGCCAUCAUGUUUACUUUGAGAAUCCUUGCAAUCAAUAACGACAACAGCACAAUAAGUGUGACAACUGUGGCCAUGUUCUGGAUGUACUACGGGAUGGGACUGAUUUGUGACGCGCUUAUAGGAGCCGAUGACAGUUAUGCGAUUGUCCAGCUUGUGCUAGUGGGAGCACUGGGAGUGACAGCAUACCGUGGACAUCCGACAGCUCGCGUCACAGACAGCGAAGAUUUCCGAACGAUCCACACCGAUUCGUAUACCCUCAUACAGCAGACUCAGUCACCGAAGGUAUUGUCACACAAUAAAGGAACAAUCAAGUCGACAAGUCCUCUUCCACAAUCUCUGCCAACAGCCGCGGAUUUCUCCUCAGCCGAUAGGGUGCCAGCGACGCAAAGCAGCACCAGUGCUCUGUUUCUGGUAACAGCAAAAGACUGUUCCACUGAGACAUUGGCGAUGGGGUAA